AUGGAGGCUCAAACAGCGACGCCACAAACGGAAUGCGAAUGUGGUGUACAUCCCUCCGUUUUCUACCUACUCGCGACAUUACUACUCACGAGUUGUUCGACGGCGAUGCUCUGCGCGGCCAUCAUGACUGACCAUUGGGAGCACGUCACGUGGGAGCGCGCAGCCCUUGCCGCGUUGGCCAACACGUCCAACACUGUUCUGCAGUGGCUGCUUGACGAGAAAGUCGCUAAGAUCGAGGAACCCAGCCAUAGGAAAAAUAGCGGCACAUUUUUAGUACCAAUGAAUGGCGGUAUUUGGACUAUGUGCGUGUCGUUGCAAGAGGAGGAAGUAACUAUGCUAUCCAGAGUCGGCUUUCCGACGGAACCGCUAUGCACAAAUUACUUAGCAAAUAAUGAAGAUGAAGAAAUUAGAGCAGAUUGGCAGCAUCGGAUGCAGAAUCUAUCGAUAUCAUGCGCGCUGGUAUGCCUGAUAGUGCUCGGCAGCGCAGCACUGGUGGGCGCAUUCGGUGUCUGUAAGCACCAGAUCAGCGCUGUGCUCGUAACCGGCGUCAUGUACUUAUUAGCUGGUCUAUUCGCUAUGUUCACGCUUAUGAUAAUCCACUUUAAGCGGAUGCAGCGCGUCUCCACUCGCAGUAGUCCACACGGGGACGAUACAGCUGACGGCGUAGUCGGUCCUCGUGCACCAGCAUUACCACUCCUUUCAGCUAGAGAGUUUACCACAUCGUGGUCGCUUGAACUGGGUUGGGGGGCGUAG